AUGGGUAAAGCAUCAAAGAAGAGCUAUUCUGGCACUUCCAAUGGAAAGGAAGUUGCUGCAGAAAAGCAUCUAAAUGCAGUCUUUAAAUUCAAUACAGAUUUAGGACAACAUAUAUUGAAGAACCCAUUGGUUGCACAAGGCAUUGUUGACAAGGCGCAAAUAAAACCUUCAGAUAUUGUCCUUGAAGUUGGUCCCGGUACAGGUAACUUAACUACUCGUAUUCUCGAAAAGGCCAGAAAGGUGGUUGCGGUUGAGUUUGAUCCUAGAAUGGCUGCUGAGUUAACUAAAAGAGUUCAUGGCACUGCUGCAGAAAAAAAACUGGAAAUUAUAUUAGGUGAUUUUACGAAAACUGAACUACCCUAUUUUGAUGUAUGCAUUAGUAAUACCCCUUAUCAGAUUUCGUCUCCACUCGUUUUUAAGCUUAUAAAUCAGCCACGUCCGCCUAGGGUUUCCAUACUGAUGUUUCAACGAGAGUUUGCUAUGAGAUUACUGGCUAGGCCAGGUGAUUCCUUGUAUUGCAGGCUAUCUGCCAACGUCCAAAUGUGGGCCAAUGUAAUGCAUAUUAUGAAAGUCGGGAAGAACAAUUUCAGACCACCACCUCAAGUUGAAUCAAGUGUUGUUAGAAUUGAGAUAAAAAAUCCAAGACCACAAGUAGAUUUUAAUGAAUGGGAUGGUUUACUUAGAAUUGUUUUUGUUAGAAAAAACAGGACUAUUGCUGCUGGAUUUAAAUCAACAACUGUUUUAGAGAUAUUAGAAAAAAAUUACAAAGCUUUUUUGGCAUCCACCAACGAUGUUAUUGCGGAUGAUACAAAGGGUUCCAUGGCUGAUGCCGUAAGGCAAAAAAUCACAACUGUGUUGGAACAGACUGGCUUGGGAGAAAAGAGAGCUGGCAAAUGUGAUCAGACUGACUUUUUAAAAUUAUUGUACGCUUUUCAUCAAGUUGGUAUACAUUUCUCAUAA